GUCCACAAUUACCUGAUUCUCGUCCUUCUGGUCAAACCCCUGGUAGGCGCCUCCUUCGAUGUGUGCGUGCACGUCAUCUAUUCACAGCCUCGCGCGUCUUCUUCCACGGAUCUUCAGGGCCUAUGAUUGUUGGUCCUUUCACCUUUGUGCAUCACCAUCCUAUGGAGCCAUGAGAUCUGAACCAAUGAAUACAGACAACAUUAACUAUGUUUGUGGAUCACCACAUGUUCUAUUGGAACAAGAGAAAAGGAGAAGAAGGGGAUGGAUGAGCAAGGACCAGAAGGACCAGAAGAAGAAGGGCAAGGGAGAUGGGGCGAUGUGCAUGUCCAUGGAGGUGUUGUUGUUGUGGGUUGGUGCUGCUGCUGUUGCAGGGGCAGCAGUGUCUCCAAGCAAACAGGUUGUUGUGUACCUACGACAUAUUUCUGUGCUCCUGGAUGUGCUACAUCACCUCAUCCUCUCAUUAGCCGCCUCGGUGCCCGUGGCGUUCGUGCUCAUCGGCGGGACGGUGCAAGGCGCAACUCCGAUGCAGCGGCGUGGAUGUGCGGUGUAGGAAGCGGUUCCUCGCCGGCUGGACGGCGUUCAGGCGCAACCCCGGCGCCCACUAAGUACUGCCUCGGCUACAACCUCCCUCGGUGAGCUCCAUCUUCCUCCUGCUCUGCUUGAGCUACUGCAUGGGACAUGG